AUGAAUGUCCCAAAUGCCGCCAAGCAGGCUGACGGCUGUGCUGGUUUCGGCGUCUGCACCACUUCCUGCGGCUUGGGAGUGAGUCAUCCCCCAGGACGGCUCGCUGCCACACAACGAGGGACUACUGCGGAAUCCUCUCCCCUGAUCAGCCAGGCCAACACCCCCGAGAAAGGCCACUUCACGCCCACAGCCAAGGGGAAAGUGAACGUGACCAUGAUGCAAAAGAGCCAGGAAACAGACCAGGUGAGUCCUGGGGCUGCUCUCAGCUUCCGCAUUCACAGUGUCUGGGCCACGGUCCAAGAAGGGACCAAGUGGUUCUGGGCAAGUCCUCUGAGUGGAAGCAACAGGCUGAGAACACAGGGGGGCCAAGAAGGACACCAGACCCACGGGGCCCGGGCCCAGCCUAAUGACCCCAUCCUGCUCCUCGGCAGAGAGCUCGAGAGCUGUGGCUCCCGUCUUUACUUGCUGGAACAACCCACCUCCGGGAAGCCAGCUCCCACGAGAGAAGUCCACCAACCCGAGCCCCGGAAAGCCACCCACGACACAGGAACCACAUUCUGGAGGGGCGAGAGUACCGCCAGCUCAUCCUUGCCCAAAAGCCCAGCCCAGAGAGUCACGAGCAACAAAAAAGGCGGCUGUCUAAGUCCCGAAGUUUCAAGGUUGUUUCUCCAGCAGCGGGAGAUGACCGGAGAACAGUCUAGGCCUACUUCUUGGCUAGACUGGAAUUCGCUUCAAGGGAGGAGGGUCCAGUCUGCUAACUGCUGGGCAGUGCUGCGCAUGGCCUUCAACCCAUGUGCGUUCAGAGAACACGCCGAGGCUUCGACGGACAUCACGUCACCUCUGCCCCGGGGCAGGCUCAUCCUGCCGGGCGCAGCUGUCUGUGACAUUGCAGCAGCACUGGCGAUGACGCACCAUUUCCCUGGAUCCCACCCCGAGGUUCUGCCGCCUGCCCACCCCGCCAAGGCCGACCUGGGGCCCACGCUCCCGUGUGUCAUGAUCAGGGGCCAGCCUUGGGCCAGCAGAGAGGAGUUCCUGAAGAAGCGCUGGAGGCCCAGCCCUGAUGCAGGGUUCCCGACCCCGGGCUGGGGACAGGCAAGCACUCGGGUCGAUCGGUCAAGGGUCCUUUUCUCAGAAAGACAGGAGAAGGUGAGCGGGCCUUGGUACAAACCCAGCCUCAGGGAGGUUCGACCUGGUCAUGAGCCAACAAGCCCCGACCCGGCCUGGGGCAGACGGCCCCCCACAAAUGCAGAAACAUGCUGCUGGGGAGCUCUGUGCCCUGCCCCCGGCUGCCACCAUAAAGACCCUAAGCAAGGCCCAAGUCCAGAGCUCGCGGGUGGGGACAAGGCCAAGCGGUUCAGCCAAGUGCUGGACCUUCCCUCAAACCUGGACACCUCCUUCUCCGAGCCUGCUCCACCGCUAGAGGAAAGGGUGGCCACAGCCUCCACGAGAGCCACCCAUGGUGUGCACCCACCCGUCAGCUCUCCGUGGAGCCACGCGAGUGAGCAGCUGUGGAGAUCGGCGCCGGGGCUUCCCCACGAGGGAACUGCAUCCAGCUUCUCGGACGGUCAGAGGACGAGGGGACUGCAGGCUCUGCCCACUUGGCCGGAACAGCGGGCCUGCGGUCCUCCCAGAACCCCGUCACCACCCGCCUGCCAGGACAGCGACCACGUGCACUGGGGGGAGGGCGGGAGCAGGGGCCAGAGAAGCCACUCGCAGCACACAGAGGGACCACGGCCUCAUGGGAGGGCUUGCACAAGGACCGCGCGAGGGGCUGAACUGGAUCUCAGGCAGGACUGGAGGCCCGGGAAGCCAGUGGUAGCAGGUCCCCCCACCCCCCCACCAAAGCGGAAGGCUGGGUGGCCGGCUGUGACACCACAAGGAGCGCAGGGUGUGCAGAGCCACAGCCGGGCAGAGCCUCUCGGGACCAGCAAGGCCCGGAGCAGGGGGUCUUACCGCUGGGGGCCCAGCCCCUCACCCGAGGACGGCGGUCGGUGCCCCUGCCUCACGAGGCUCGAUGAGACCGACGGUCUCGCGGCAGAAUACGAAACUGUGCACAUGUCCACUGAAAACCAUUCGUCAUCCCCCAAUCCAGGAAGAUCUCAAAUGCGUGAAAGCCAACCGGUGGAUGACAUCACUGAGCGGACAGAGAUGUUCGCGCUGAAACUGAGUCUGAAGCGGCAAAAACAAAAACGCUUCAACAAGUUAACUGUGAACACACUGGAAACACGGGCCCCUCCGCCCGAGCAGAGCUCCUGGAAUCCAGCUCCUGGGCCCGCAGCUCUGCUCUACGGCACCCCGAGUGUUCCAGCUAAUUCUGUGGGACGGGAACGCAUGAGGGUCACCCUGGAGCCCUGGGGAGUGACAGAGCGGGCACAGAAGGCUUCCCCGAGGGCCCCCCUCAGAGGAAACGUCACCACCUCUCACCCAGAAAGGCAGCGGGAGCGGCCCCAUAACUGCAGGCCCUCUUGA